CGAGGAGGUAUAGCUUAAUACAAGCCGCGUAUAUAUAAUAGACCUAUUUUAUAAUCAGGGUAGCAUACACGAGAAAGUGCUUAUAUAAAACACUUAUCAAAGUCUCUUGGUUUAACCAUGACUUUCUUCUAUAGUGCAGCCUUGACUCUAUGUGGGUUGGUUGCCUUGCAGCACAUCUACCAGCACGUAUUUGCAACCCAUCCGAAGAAGAAAGUACCUGGGCCACCUGGUCGCUGGUUGAUUGGCAAUAUUUUCGAUUUCGUUCCGGAUCGUAUACACGAGUACUUCAGUGACUGCCAUAAACAAUACGGCCCGUUCGUGCGGUACAAAUUGGGUUCUAUGUAUCUAUACGCGAUCGCAGAUCCCUCACUGGUGCGUAAUAUAGUACACGAGCAGAGGAAGAAUUUCACACUAUCAAGAAAGUUCCAGUGUACGUUCGGCCAUUUCUUUCCCAAUUGUCUCAUAUGCGUAGAAGGUGACAAGUGGAAGCUAGGGCGACGUGUGGUGCACUCUGCAAUUACCCGCAUGCGAGCGUACAAAUGGCUGCCCGAAGUGACGAGCUCGAUGCGAUUGCGAGUCGAUCCGUUUCUCGAGAAGGCUGCUAGAGAGCAAUUUGCCGCCGGCGAUGCUGAGGUUGUAGAGGGGUUUGUGGAUCUACGCGAUAUGUCGGUGAACAUUGAGAAUGCUCUUGGGUUUGGGCUGUUCGAGGCCUUUCUAAGGUUCGGCUACGGAGUGGAUGCAAGUGUCACAGAUGAGAGCACACGUAUACGCUUGUAUAAUAAUACCAAAACUAUCGCGGAAGCUUUGAACGUCCGAUCUUUUCAGCCCUCGAAACUGUUUUGGUAUUUACCCACGGCUUUCAAUCGCCGAGUCAGUCGUGCUCAUGCGGAAAUAAUGCAUUUUGUGCGUGGUAUAGUGUCUAGUCGAAUGGCUGAGAUCUCUGCUGAUAUAGGGUGUGCGAGAGAUAACCUCGUAGACCAAAUGAUUCUGGCCUCGAUGGAAGAGAAAAUGGAAACAGGGGACGUAGAAGACAACCUGGGGAUGCUCCUCUUUGCAGCGUUCGACACCACCACAGCCACACUCAGCACGUGCCUGCAGUUGAUCAGCAGGCACCCACACGCACAGACCGAACUUCGAAACCAGUUUACAGCCUGGAAGCAAGGGGGAGCAGAUGUAGAGUCUCUGCAAGUUGAUGUACCGUAUUUGGACUGGUGUAUUAAGGAGAGUCAACGCCUGUAUCCAGUAGCCUUUGCGUUCGGGAGGACCUCCACAGUGCCGGUCACUGUUGACGGGUAUGAGAUUCCCGCAGAGAGUUCGUUUACCUUCCAAACCAAAGUUAUGGGGUCGAAUGCAAAAGAAUGGAAUUUCACAGACGAAGUGGAAGAUCCCAUGCAAUUCAGGCCAGAACGCUGGGCGGAUGAGAGUAUGCGUUCGCGGGUGGUCGCAAAUUAUGUCUUUAAUCCAUUUGGAGCUGGGGGCAGGAUGUGCCCUGGUAUGAAACUGGCACAGUCGGAGCUCAGGAUGGUUGCAGCGACUAUUCUAACGAAGUUCGUGUUAAAACCAUCUGAGUACCAUGAUAUGGAUUUUAAAGUUACGCUCACACUAGGCCCAAGAGAUGGGGCUUGGUUCAAGGUGAAAGCAGUGGACAAAUGAUACAAAGCUUAUAAUUCGCCCAUCGGGAUCUACAAGUGGGUUCUGUACAACAUUGUAUCCUCUUGUGUAUUAGACCAGGUCUGGAGGAUCUAAAUUGUAAUGUUAGCAAAC